CCGCGAGGGGCUUGCCUGGGCUGGCUGCUCUCCGGCACCCGACGGCCGAGGUUCCCAGGUCGGGUUCUGCCCAGGCUCUGCCCGCCGCGAUGUUUUCCUCGCAGGCGGCGGUCUGGCGGCGGACGUGGGAAGCCAACCCCUCGGAACGCAGGAAGUGGGUGGAAGUAUUUAAAGCCUGUGAUGAAGAUAACAAAGGCUAUCUAAGCAGAGAGGACUUUAAAGUGGCUGUCGCAAUGCUGUUUGGAUACAAGCCCUCCAAGAUAGAAGUGGAUUCUGCGAUGUCUUCAAUAAAUCCAAAUGCUUCCGGUAUAUUACUCGAGACAUUCUUAAACAUUAUACGGAAAAAGAAGGAAGCUCAACUCUACCGGAAUGAAAUUAGAGACAUUUUCACAGCUUUUGACAUGCACUAUCGUGGAUUUUUAACUUUGGAAGAUUUCAGAAAAGCAUUUCGACAGGUGGCUCCCAAAUUACCAGAAAGGACUGUUCUUGAAGUAUUCAGGGAGGUCGAUCAAGACUCAGAUGGUCACGUCAGCUUUCGAGACUUCGAAUAUGCCAUGAACUAUGGACAAAAUGCAGCCCGAUUAUUGUGAACCGCUUUGGCCAAUUCUGGGAAGAUCAAUAGUUUGUAAUGUAUUUAAAGGUCAAACAGACUCCACUCUGCUGCUGAUGUAAUGCCACAUACUUGGGAUUAAACACGUAAUCAUCA